UAGAACCAGUGGAAGACCAGGAGGAAACCAGAUCACUUGAACUCUUCAGUCCUUCUUCUGCAGGAAUACAGAGGACACACCUGAAGAUCACCUGUUCGUCCUCUCAGAGGAGGAGAGGGACAGAGAAAGAGAGAGAGAGAGAGAGAAGAAGAAGACAUUGACAGCUGCAUGGGAGUCACGCCGUCCUUGUGUAAAGAUUUAUCUUUCUCUUAGUAGAAUCCAGUUGCCCUUGAGAAGCGCCUGAGUAAGGAAGCCUGUAAGGGUCACAUCUCUAGGAUGCUGCAGCUGUGUAAAGUCACCAAAUGUCUCUUCAUCAGUAACGCCCGCUCAGCCUGCAGCGACGAGCUCAUCCAGCAGGAGGCGGUGACUCUCUGCAUCAACGUGUCGAAGCAGCAGCCGUUCCCCUCUGCAGACGUUAAGAAGCUGCAGGUCCCCGUCUAUGACGACCCCAACGAGGACCUGUACAUGCACUUUGACCGCUGCGCCGAUGCCAUCCACAAGGAGGCGAACCGAGGAGGACGCAGCGUCGUGUACUGUAAGAACGGACGGAGCCGCUCAGCCACCGUGUGCAUCGCCUACCUGAUGAAACACCGCAAACUGACACUGACAGAAGCGCUACAGAAGGUAAAGACAGCUCGUCACGUCAUCGACCCAAAUCCUGGCUUCAUGACACAGCUGCAGAAAUACGAGCAAGAGCUGAAGAAGAGACGGGGAGAGGCAGACUGACGUGUGCAGAGAUGGAUCAUCUUCAACCAGAAAACCUCAGUAGAAGUGUUUGUGUGAAAUCAGGUGAAUGUCGUCCUCUACCUUUGCCUUCACACUCUCUGUUUUAACCUUUUUCUUGAGCCUUUUCUCAGAUUUAAGAAUAUUUCAGUCAGGGCUUUUGGCCAGGCAGCUUGAUUAAAUAUCUCAGUCAGGUAUCAUAUUUUCAGCACAGAGUUAAGGAAGUGCUUUACAUGCUUACAAGCUCAAAAGCAAGCAAUAAAAAAAUCGGGAUGAAAAGCUGCACAUAGAAACCAGCAGAUUUGAAGAUUUUAAAACAAAAAAAAAUAAUAAUAAAACAGAAAUGUUGUAGCAGCUUUUUCACAUAGAACCUUCGACAAGUGCGAAUGCAAGUGAAAAUAAAACAGAUUAAAUAAAAAUAUGCAGUAAGGAAUAAAGUCAAAAGCACAAUUUAACCCUCAUAUGCUCUGAAUAUAAACAAAUAUUCAUUUUAUAGUAUUUAAUGUAACAAGGUUCAUGUUAUGACAACUAGUCAUGCAGUAUUUUCAUUCAUAGUAGGGUGCCAAAACAGACAACAAUCAUGAAUAUGGUAAAUCAAAUCAUGAUUUGCUGAAGUAAGUCUGUAGCAAGAGGGGGGCCGAAGGGUUUUAAAGACCCCUGUGCCCCCUUUAAAUAGGAAUGGCCAAUCAUUCUAAAGUAAUCCAACAGAAUAAAUGGUUCCCUAUGGCUGUGGACAGAUGCUCCAUUUUUAGUGCCCAAAGACGGCACAGAGGGAGAUCACUUCAUCGACCCUUCUUACCUUCAUCAUGUUCAUAGUAAAGACAAAACACCACAGUGGCAGUGAUAUCAUGACUUUAAACAUCACUGUGAAUCAGGCAAUAGGAAGCACAUUUCUUAACCACCUUUCUAAGGUCCUUACUCCUUUUUAACUAAGGGAAUUUUCCAAAUAUCCGUCUGUGUUGAUUCCCUUAUUAAAGCACUGGCUGUACGAGGCUGUUAGGAAUCUGCAGUCAGUUUUCAAAUAUGCAAUCCCAUCCACAGAAAAACUAAACAAAAUAUAUUGAAAAAAAUAAUUUUAAUACAUGAGGGGAGAAAUUAUAAAAAGGUCAAAUUUUGUGGAAAAACAGAAACCCUCUUCCACCUGGAUUGGUCAAACAAGUAAUCUCAAAACUGUGAUUUUUUCCCCCUUUUUCUACAACAGCUUUUAGGAAAUAUAACACAUUUUAUAUCUUUAUUAUAUUGACUAAGAUAGGGAAAGUUAGUUGAUCUAUUCUUGUUUAUUUGUAAAAUUCUAUAUUAGCUAUCUUGCUGUUACAUGCAGUCGCAGACCAGCAACUCUUAAUACAAACUAGUUUUAUUUUUUCAGUUAAUUCUAGUGUCUUAAAUUAAGUGAUCUAUACGUGCUUUCUAGUUUUUUCUAGUAUAUUCAUCUGACUCAAAUGUUGUAUUGGUCACUGAUUCCUCUUCUAAUGGCAUUGGUAGAACAGCAACUCUUGUUUUAAGAUUAAAUUUCUGCAUUUGUCAAUGUACAUCAGAGAUGCUACAUGUGUUUAUGAUUAAAAUAAUCUAAUUUAAAUAGCUCCAUCUUUGUAGGGAUCCUUUUCUGUAUUGUUGGCAGCUCAAACGAUCCUGUGCCUGAUAUGAUUUGUGAUAUCUUAGGAAUUAAUUUUAAAUCAUCUUUUCAUUUCAGAUUCUUGUAUUUUAAAUUUUUGGUAAUAUCUUACUUUCAAUUUGUACAGCAAGUAAAGUUUGACAAGGAAAAAUACAGUUUUAAACAAGUCUACAGUUACAUUAUUUUCUGCCUCCUGUCAGCCUAAAUAUUUUAAACAAUUAUUUGAAAUCAUAAAAUGUAAUUUAUUUUUUACAUAGCCCAUCUAUGUUGAAGUUCAGCCUUCUACUUUGAACCUUUUUAAAAACAGUGGCGGUUGCAAUUCACAGUUCUACCUCAAGAUGGCGACAGUACAACAGAAAAUAAUGCAGUAUGGUGAACAUGUAAUGAAUCAAUGUGAUGGUCAUUCCUUCUGUAAGGUUUUUUUCUACACUCCACUCACAGCAAAAUGUAUAACUGUAUUAUAUUUAAGCAGGUUUUUACUUUAAGUAGUACAGAAGAGAACUUGGGCCAUUUAAGUUCUGAGUUAUUCCCUUAAAUUCUGACUAUAUUUGAUAUUAUUUCUCACAAACAACAAGGUUAUAAAUCAGAAAUAAUGACUGGAAGAGAUAAAUAAGAAAUUUUCAAUGUUUCAUAUUCUUUUAUUUUCAUUUUAAAAAGUCCAAAUAUUCUGAUUCCAGCUGGCCAAAUUUCAGUAAUUUCAGGAUUCUCCCCUUCUCUCAUAGUAAACUAAAUAUUGUUGUAAGCAGAACAAGACUUUUGAGUGGGAAAAAGUCUUCAAAAUGUGCCAGUAUUUAAAAGUUUAAGGCAACAGCAGUUAAUUGAGAAAGCAAAUCUAGUUGAAGGCCUAACAUCUUCAUGAUGGAAGAAAUCAGCAGUCAGUAUCAUCCUAUGAUUACAGAUUAACCUUUGAAACCAAAACUCAGCAGAUUUUUUAUUAAGGAAUAAGCACAAAACACGUCUGGUGUAAGCAUGUUAAAUUUUAAGGUACAAAUCUGAAAUCUGAAAGAUUUUCAAAUUGAUCCAACAUGGAGAAAGACGUCUAUCCCCCCUCCACAGAGUGCAGCAGCUGUCUGCUUUCAGCACUGUGUAACCUCAGCAGCACAGCUUUACUGCACGAUUUCACACACCAGCCUUCAGCUAGACAGAAGCCAGGUAGACCGUCUUAGUUCUGUUUGAUGCUACAGCUGUAUUCAGUCAUAACAGUUCAGAUACUUUAGUAGUCUAGUUUUACACGUUGUUAUAGUUAAUAUGUUGUAUAUACUGAAGACUCUCACAAGCCAUUAAAUGUCUUAAACUGUACAUUUAAUCCCAGAGCUCAGGUAAAAGCAGAAAUAAACAUUGUAUUAUAGUAGGGGAAGGGGAGCUGAUUAUCGAAUAGCAGCUAGCAAGAAGCAAUGCAAAAAAAAGAAGAAAAAAAACAGAAAAAAUAGUUUAAAUGGUUAAAAUUACUAGCUAAAAGAAGGAAAAGAGUAAAAUUGGGUAUCUAAAAGCUAUAGUGAUCUAAGAGUGACAGAAAACUGUCAAAUAGCACGCUUACAGAAAAAAAAACAUUUGACAAAUCACUGUCUUAAAAUGGGAAUACAGCUAAUGGAGUGAACCUAAAGUAACAGAAAAGAAUAGAUGCAGUACUAUGCAGAACUUUGAGGCAUGUUUGGGCCAAAAAACUGACUUUAUAUGUUACCAGUAGUAUGUGAAAAAAAAUCUGUUUAAAAAUGAACAAAGUCCACACCUCUGGGCAGAGUAGGAAGUGAGUGAGCACAGUCUGGGCUACUGUCUGGGCAGGUAGUAGUGAUGCCGCCAACGUCUCCAGGUGUGUUUACCAGGGGGUGAAAAGGCCUGGACAAAAGAGAUGCAGUCCAGCGAGGGCCCUGUGAAAAGUUCCUAGUGCCCUACAUGCCUUAAACUUGUGCACAACUGUAAAUCAAGAAAAACUGUCAAAGAAAAGCAAAGGAAAAUAAUUAAGAAGCUUGCAGGAAGAAAAGAAAGGGGGAUUAAAUUAAACAGCUGGCUAUAAGUCAUGGAAAAACAGUAAUAAAAAGUUGUGGAUAAUUAGGUAAAUAAUAAAUUAGUGCCUUCUAGUGCCUAUUAAACGUGCUAGCUAAAAAAAUAGGAGCAGUUUGCCAAUUGAGUAUCCUAAACAAUGUAUGGGAAAAUAUGCACUUUACUAAACCUAAAACUAUUUGCAGUGUUUUAUGGUAUACACUAAGAAUAUAUGGAUGGAAAUUCCACUGUGAACUCAUUAAAUGUGGCUGUAGUUUCAUGAUAAUGCUGCUGACAGUGUUUGCUGUAAUUCUGUGAGUAACAAUGGUUCAGUCGAAGUUUGUGAACUUUUCUCUGACUGGAUGUUGAUAGAAGAACACUACAUGUUAGUAAUGUGUGUGUGACUCUCAGGUCUUCAUUUAGUGGUGCUGUCAUUUAGAAAUAAAUUGUAAAUUCAACCUAAAUGUAGGUAUAGGCCACAGAGGCCCUAAAUAUGUGUGUGUAAAUGGAGAUGAAACUGUCGCUGUGCUAACUUCUGCUAGAG